AUGGAUUCAUUGUCCUUUGCGGAAGAAAGUGUCGCAAUUCUAGUUAUACAUUCCAUAUUACAAUAUGGUCCCUUAAGAACGGAUAAAAAUGAAAUUUUUGACUCUUGGUGUUCAGAAUCACAUGAACAGUUAUUGGAAGACUAUUUUAUUGAUGAAUUUAUUGCAAGAUUAGAGCGGCGUUUAGAUGGUUGUCAAUUAAGUUGGAAAAAUGAACUGGUAUUAAUGGUUAUUACGAUGAUAACUAUGAGAAUUCUAACGGUUUGCGAUUUAACAAGAGACAAACGAGUUGCGGAUUUAGCUAUUAAAUGUCGAAGAGCUGGGGAAAACUGGAUUGUUUUCAUUUUAGAGAACAUUCAAAAAAUAUCUUCUUCUCAUUGUAAUGAAUUGAUAAAACUUCGACUUAAAAUGGUAAACAUUGGUAUUUCAUGCGUCUUAACAUUUUCAACUCAUCGUGCUCGAAUAGAUUAUUUAUUAUCAUCGAAUGAACACAUCGUAUCGUUACUAAAAGCAGCAACUACUAUUCGUGAUAACAUUAUUUUAAACAUGAAUCAAUCUAAUACGAGUAAUUUUGUUAAAAAUAUGAUGAGAUUAACUGAACGUGUGUUAUUUAUGUUACAGCCAAAAAUCACUGAAAUCCUUGAAAAAAGUGCCUAUCAAAGUUUAAAUGAUUUUGCUACAAUCUACUGGGCAGUCAUUCUAAUCAAUGGAACUAUGGAUGGAAAAUGGCAAAAAAGAACAAAUGAUCCUUAUACUAGUUGGUACGACUGUCGAUAUGAGUCGAGACAACUAUCAAUUGAUUGUAGUAAUGGAACGUUUUUAAUUGAUGGAAUGACCAUAGGUUUUUUGGCCUGA